UCUGGAACCGAACCCAGAUCACCUGGGAUGCGGGUACCAUUUAUAUUGGCUUUACUUUUUUUUAUUCCCUUUAUGACCCUACCAAACCUUUUCUCGAUAACUCUCGUACUGAGAAGUCCUCCUGGAGAGAUCGAGAAGGAGAAGAGAAACCUAAAGAGUGAUUUGGAUCAAAACCUUUCGUCACCGUCACCAAAUUAUGUAUCCCCCUUCACUGCCAAGGUCAAUCCACUGGACAUAGGGUUUAACCACCUAUUUAAAAACAAUCCACCACCUAGGGUUAAACCAGAGGAUCUUAUUGAGUAUGCAGUUAAAGAGGGCGCUCCUCAUAAGAAGUAUGUCUGGGUCAAUGGCAUCCUUGUACCAGAAUUCCUUCUCAAUGUCUAUCGCCGGACUCUGCGCACUAAGGGCCCUAUCUUCAAACCAUCAACUCGUUUCCCAGAAGAAUUGAAGAAUGAUCCUGAUGCAUUGUUCAAGUUUAAGGUACGCACCCUCGGCAGGAUUCUAUGGGCCGUUUAUACUACUCAUAAUCCAACAUUCAGUGAUCCUACGUUCGAAAGACGUUUACAGCGCGUGGAAGAGAAUUGCGGAUGGGGAGGCCAUCCAAUGCAAUCAGCAACUAAUGAGUGAUCUAUGCUAUCUAAUCGGUCAUGUUAAGGAUCGUUACCAUGAACGAUUGGAGUUGCACAUGAAUCGGCAGGCCGAGGAAGAAGCAUAGAGAACAUGAGCAGCCUACCUGACUCAUCCUACCUACUAAUUGGCAUACUAUUUGGAUAUCAUAUGUUCUUCUCAAGCAAUUACUUAGUAAUAUCGUUAUGCGUUGUUGUUCACUUUUUAUUUUACUUAUUGUUAUGCUGCCUUGCUAUGGUCGUAUAAACAGUUUCUCAGUGUCUAUGCUCAGCGGUAUUUACUCUAUCUUGUUGCUUGUUCUUAUUACUUACCUUGGUUUUGCU